UGUGAGUGUGUAUGCGUGUUUCGCAGAGGACAGCCGCGUCCAAAAGAGAGCCUGAGAGAGCGGGAAGCGGACGCCACUUGCCAAGAUCGCUGCCACAGCCGUCUGCCCGGAAUUCCUUCCCUUUUACACUCAAGACGAAACUUUUACAUCUCGGCUCCCGUCCGGACUUGCAGAGUAAAGCGCUGAGAGCCAGCGGGAGCUUCGCUGUCUGCAGACGCCCGUCAGAACGGCGCUGAUCUCUCGCCGUCUCUCUUAAACGUGGAGCAGAGGCGGGAAGACGGGGAGUGACAUACCAUGCCUGCCCCACUGGGACAGAGGGAGACCAGGACCCUUCAGCCAGAAUGCUGAGCCCCGACACUGGUCUCAGAGGCUUCCCUUAUCUGGACGGCAGUUCUGCUCACAGGAGGGGCGUCUCACGCUGGGAUGAAGGAAUUCAGCGCCCUGGGAUGAAAGAGUCGAGCAGGCAGCUUUGUUGAUCCACCCCCUGCCCCCCUCCCGGCAGUAGUGCACUAUGUGGAUAUUAUCGUUUGCUUUAUGGAUUCUUGGUGUUUCGAAUCUCACUCAUGGGUCCCACACAGACGAGCCGACCUCCAAGCCGCCGCAGGUGUCCAGCCUGGAUGAGCUGCUGGAGACGCUGUACCCGGAGUACAGCCUGGUGCAGGACUGUCUGCGAAGACGGACACACGCCGCCCCCUGGCGCGGCCACGCCUCCCCCGACGACAUGUGGGGAGAUCCUCGUGAGAUGGCGCUCUACAAGUUCGACGGGACCUUCGAGGUCAUCAUGCAGGAGAUCCAGCUCACCAUGUGCCGGCCUCGGGAGGUCUGCCUGGAGGUGUCCAAGGAGUAUCCCGAGAGCACCAGCAACUUCUACCUGCCAAGGUGUGUGUCGGUGCACCGUUGUGGCGGCUGCUGCAACCACGAGGCCCUGUACUGCGGCAACACAAGCCACAGCCUCAUCAACAAGACCCUGGUGGAGCUGUCCCCUCCGCGGAUGGAGCGAUCCGUCAUCAUGGUGACGUUCGUCAACCAUACGGCAUGUGAGUGUCAGGGGAAGAGACCACUGCACUCGAUAAUCCGGAGGGCGGCGGCCAGCCAUCGACCUCUGUGCUCCGUGCCUGACGUCCCGUGUGACCCUGGGUGGGAAUGGAACGCGGCUGGAUGCCAGUGCGUACCUGUGGGUACGCACCCCUCCCCCGCGCCUGUGCCGGCAGACCCCCUGGACGCAGCCCUGCUCGCACUGUGCGGCCCCAACAAGGUGCUGGACGAGGGCCGCUGCGAGUGCGUCUGCGAGAACGGGCUGACGGAGACCAGCUGCGGCGCAGGCUGGCGGCUAGACGCAGCCGCCUGCGAGUGCGUCUGCGACGGACAGCCCGCCCCCGGCACCUGCCCUCCCAGCCAGCGCUGGGAGCCCGAGCUGUGCGGCUGCGUCUGCCGAGCCGCCUGCCCGCGCAGCCAGCCUCUGAACCCCGACACCUGCCUGUGUCAGUGCAGGGAGAGCGAGCGCAGCUGCCUGCUGCAGGGCAAGAAGUUCAACCGCGAGAACUGCAGCUGCUACAGGCUGCCCUGCAGGUCCCCGCGCCGGAAGUGCCCCUCUGGCCACUACUACAGCCCCUCUGUGUGUCAGUGCGUUCCCAACUACAUGAGGUCAGGCGAGUGGAACUGGGGCGGGCGCCGGGACUGACUGGUCUCGCUGUUGCUGCCCCCUCCGACCCCCCCCCCCUCGGUUGCCCUGGGAGAUCGGAUGUAAGGUUUUUUUUUUUCCUUCUUUUUCUAAAGAGCACCGCUCGAACUUUUGUGUGCCUGGUAGAACAGAGGUCGUCCCCGCCCCCCCCCCCCCUCCCAGGGGGAACCCGGGUAUGAGUGUUCAUUCCCAUGAGUGGGUGACUCCCCAGCUGCCAUCCGGACGAAGCAGGAUGGAACCAGAGGUCAUACUUCCAGCCCAUCGCAUCAGGCUGAGAGGGGGAGGCCUCUGUGUUCUGGGACCAGCGAGGGGAACCGGCUCCCAGCUGAGAGUAAUAAUCACAAUAAUCAUAAUAAUAUUAUUAAUAAUAAUAAUAGCAAAUCCUAUAUUUGUGUCUAUCUGGAGCAGAUCUGGGCAAAACCAGCCGACGGAGCUGUGUUUACUGGCCUGAGGGAUCAUUAAAAUAAGAAAAAAGAAAUAAAGUUUUCUGUUCAAAUCUAUGAAGAUGAACAGAUUUUCCCUGCGAUUUUUUUUUCUU